UAACCUUAUAGUCAAACCACAGUCAGCAAGCAUUCAGCUGCAUGCGUUCUCAGCAGCAGCAGCUUCAGUGACUAACAGACUAACCACAGGAAAGGCAAUCCUGAUCAAACCAAAGGGCAUCAUCCUGUUUGAAGCUGACGUGCUAGUACUGAGAAGUAAAACCAGCAGUUUAUGAAAACGAUAGUUUAUUUUGAAUGUAGGUGCAUAAAGAGUGAAUAAGAACAUUCCUCAUCCUCAGCCACGAUGUCUUCUCAUUACUUCCUGGACUGGAUCCUUCUGAUCUGGCUUACAGGCCCUACAGUGUCAGGACUGCUGGUGAAGGGAGAGGUUGGUCAGAACAUCACCGUGCCCUGCUUUUACACGGUUAGGACAGAACAUGACAUCACCUCAGUGUGCUGGGGCCGCGAUGCCUGCCCCCCUUCCAAAUGUUCUCGCCCCAUUAUCUGGACAGAUGGGAGGAAGGUGACAGAGGGGUACCACAUAAAGUAUGUGCUGAAAGGGAACCUGCUGAAGGGCGACGUGUCCCUCACCAUCCUGAAUGCCCAGGAAACAGACAGUGGGACGUAUUGCUGCCGUGUGGAGAUCCCGGGGUGGUUCAACGACAAGACAACCAACCUCCAGGUGGUGGUUGAGAGAGCUAGGGUCUCUACUGCAACUCCUCUCACUCACACCUCUCCACCGACCUCAGCUCCUGGGAGUGCCAGUGAAGCGUCCUUUACUGUCAGAACGUGGCCACCAGUUUCUCUUUCAGAAGCUCCUGAGACUGCCUCUGGUUCCUACUCAAGCAUCUCAGACUACCCAGAAGUAACCUCCAGCCUGCAGAAUUCAUCCAUAUCAACUCACAGUCAGCAGUAUUCAGAAAAGAGUGUUUACCUCAGAACUGGAUUGUGCGUGGGGUUUCUGCUCAUCCUCGGUUUGGGUCUGUUCCUAGGUAGACGAUAUUUACGCAAUAUGAAGAAACUGAGUAAGUCUGCAAGCUCUGUUGCAUUUUGGAGACCAGAACGUGCUGGGAACCAAAGUGCCUUGGAAGUUGAGAUCCACGCAGAGGAAAACAUUUACACAAUACACUAAGGACUGUAUGCAUGCUUUCCUUUGUCAUCUCUGGGACUUUAAAUAUUUUCCAAAAUGUUAGCUGCUCCCUCUGCAGUGUGCCUGGACUACUAAAGCAUCACUCAUAUUAUUCUAAUAAAGCAAAUAAAAGCUA